UAUAGCAGCAUCACGUAAAAUCCUCUGCAAUCAUUGAUAAAUGCAGUAUAUCUUAGUUUUAUUUUGCGGUGUUAAUCUCAUUAACAGCAGUGGAGGUGUUUAAAAGAGUAUCUGACGAUAUAAUCGUUUGAAUAUAUUUUAAUUUUUUUCCGUACGAUAGAUACCUAUAUUUAAUAGACAUAUGGAAAAUUAAGUCGCCUUUGACUUUGACUGGUCUAAUAAUAUAUCUGGAAUACUGGACAUACAUUUUCAAAUAUACCAACGCUCAGAGAUACGCUUGUUCAUCGAAUCUCAUGAUCUUCAUUAAUUCCACGAGAUGUCGUCAUCUUUAGCUUUAGGAUUGAAUUCCCUACCUACCAGUAUAGAUAGUAGAAUACGUAAUAAUAACAAAAGAUGAACCUUGUUUUUGAAAGAAAAUACGUAGUCAGGAAGAUGUAGAAAGGCUUAGUUUAAACGGCUUUAAUAAAUCUGUUCUAAGCGUUACGUUAAGAUCCGGAAGGUUUUUCUUUUCUAAACCUCAUUACUUAACUAAUGAUCUUAAUACAUCUUAGGUCACCAAGGUAAAUGGAAAUUCCAAGUUAGUUUUAUUGUUAUCUGUACGUAAUCUCAAACGAACGUAUUUGUUCUAAGUAAUACACGUAUAGUUAAGAAUAAUUUUCUUGUUUAACCGGAAGUGUAUUCGAAAUUUAAAAAUGCAAUGAAUAACGCAUAUAAGAGUACGAGCGCAGGUAGCCCGCAUGAGCCUGUUACACAGUUUCUAGUACAGCGCCAUUAAAUAAUCAUUGGCGGAUUUAAAAAUGAUUUCGUCACGAAAUUAUCACGUAAUCUCUAUCCCCAUCUAACGGAUAAUAUUCUCUGCGAUAAUAACUGCCAACCUACUUGUAUUUUAAUACAAUCAUGCUCAACCAAUGAUUGUUAAAUUACUCAUUGUCCGCAUCUGUAUAGAUUAGACCGUAACAAAAUUAUACUGUCCGCAAUUCAAUUUUAAUUGUAUAAGUGAUACAAUGUGUUAGGUUUCGACGAUGUGUUUGAGUGUUUCAUGUUCCUUGUAAAUUGUAGUACGAAAAAACAAAUAUGUCUAGUGAAUAUGGAGCAUUGGAUGUGAAUGUGAAUUUGCCGAAGAGAGCAGUAAGCAACACUAUAGAGUUGCCGCUGUUUUUGAACAUGGUCGCAAUAUCGUUAAGCGGAGCUGCAUUAGGAAACAUAAUUUUAUACCGAUCCUGCGUCCACGCGCUAAAUUUUCCGGAAGAGGAAUGCCGGCCAUUUCUUUCGCCGGUAAAAAAUAAUGAGACCAAUCAUUUAGAGGCCGAUGUUCAAAGAUAUGCCACAUUUGUAUCAACUGUGAAAAUGGUGUUGGAAGCCGUUGUUCCGGCCUUCCUCUCGUUCUUCCUUGGUGCAUGGUCGGACACGUAUGGCAGGAAGCCUCUUAUGGUCUGGUCACUUUUAGGUUCAGCAAUAACGAGUAUGCUACUUGUUAUAUUUGGCUUGAUGGAUAACCUCGGUCCUUGGUGGUAUAUUGCGACAGUAAUACCAUUUUCUUUGACCGGUGGUUAUGUGGUUCUUUUCACGGGGGCGUAUUGCUACGUCAGUGACACCAGUACCAAGGAGAACACGUCAUUAAGGAUGACAAUGGUGGACGCGACUGCAUCAUCGGGCAGUGUGAUUGGUUCCAUAUUAAGUUCUUAUUUGAUACUAUCCAUUGGAAACGUGUACCUUCUACUUUUGACGUCUACUUUGAACGUAUUCUCAUACGCAUUUACUAACGUCUACAUAAAGGAGUCUUUAAAUGGUGCCUUAGAGGACGGAUCGUGGAGAGUGUUAGACCUACUAUUAGUUAAGGACAUGUUUAGAGAAUGCUUUAAACAUCGUCCUGAUCACAAGAGAACGCAAAUUAUUUUAAUUUCAAUAACGAAAUUUCUCCUAAUAAUUGUGUUGUAUGGUACAAGCUCUUUAGAAUAUUUAUUCACAAGAACACAAUUGCAUUGGUCAUUACAAGACUUUACUAAAUACUCAGCUCUAAGUACGUCGUUAUCUUUCGUCGGAGGAUUCUUCGGUAUAAUGGUUGUUCAGAAAAUCUUAGGAAUAGGAGAUAUUUCCUUCGCUAUAUUUGCGAUUCUUAGCACUGUAGCGGAAUAUGUCCUAAAGAUUUGUGCUAUAUCGUGGUGGUAUAUGUAUUUGGGUUCUCUAGUAUCCGUAUUUAAAGGGCUGGCAAGCGCAUUAACUCGUUCUUACAUAAGUAAAAUCCUGCCAUCAGAAGAUGUAGCAAAAAUAUUUGCACUGGUGUGUGGAUUUGAAGGUUUCGCACCACUUUUGGCGCCAUUGAUCUAUAACUCUUUAUAUGCCGCCACUCUGGCAACACUGCCCGGCGCCAUUUAUAUACUAAGCAGUAUAUUUGCGUUAUUCUGUGUCGUAAUGUUGGGAUUCGUACAAUACUAUCACUGGAGAGGAUCGGGAGCACAUUAUCAACGUAUUAAUUCUGAUUAAGUGCUGAAGAUGACAUCACAACAGUUUUGAUAAAUGAAGUACUUAAAGAAUUAUAUAUGACGGAGUGAAUAGGAUAAGAUAAGAAAUUUAUAUGCAAUUAAGUAUGCGAUGAGUGUUAACGUUAGUACAAAAUGUGUUUUAUAAUCAGAGGCUUUUCUGAAGUAAAUAAAGACUAAUAGUUUUAGGCGUGUGUAAUUAUGUUUUUAGAAAUAAAACAAUCUAUUCUU